CUUUAUACAUUAUGUUGAAUUUAUUUUCUCCAGAUUCUUGAGGGUGGAUACAUGGGAGCUUGUUCUUCAAGUAGGAGAUGAAUGAAGUAAAGGAAUGUAAAUGGCCAACGCUUGCUGCAAAAAUAGCCCCGUGAAGUCCCGCCACUGCCUGUCUAGCUGACCAUCAAUUUAUGUUAGUCUUUAGCACACACAAGAACCAACACCGUGUCCGAGUCCCCUUGAUUAAAAUACAUAUUCCUGGGUUCCAGCUCCAGAUUUUCCUGAUUUAAACGCUCUGUGAUGAGGCCUGUGAAUCUUCAUUUUUAAAGACCUGAGCUGAUGAAUGGACCCUAGUCUACACCACCCGAAGCCUGGAAUUGAUACAGAAUCACCUCACUCAUCUCUUUUGCUCAUCAACUCCAUGGUCUAUCCCUCCUUCAUCCAUGCUGCUGCUUUUGCUUUGGUUUCUGAAGAUCUAAAGAAAGAGGUCAAGCAAUCAAAGAACCUGGAGAAAACUGGUGUAUCAAGGAAAAAUGGCAUAGAUUUAAAAGGAAUUGUAUUUAUCAUCCAGAGUCAAAGUAAUUCUUUCCAUGCAAAGAGAGCAGAACAAUUAAAAAAAAGCAUCUUAAAGCAGGCUGCAGACCUUACACAGGAACUCCCCACAGUCCUCCUUCUUCAUCAGCUGGCUAAGCAGGAAGGUGCAUGGACCAUACUUCCAUUGUUACCACAUUUUUCUGUAACAUAUAGCAGAAAUUCAUCAUGGAUUUUCUUCUGUGAAGAAGAGACAAGAAUACAAAUUCCGAAACUCUUAAAAACACUCAGAAGAUAUGAUCCAUCAAAGGAAUGGUUUUUAGGAAAAGCAUUACAUGAUGAAGAAUCUACAAUAAUUCACCAUUAUGCCUUUUCUGAAAAUCCUACAGUUUUUAAGUAUCCAGACUUUGCUGCUGGCUGGGCACUUAGUAUUCCACUUGUAAACAAGCUUACCAAGAGAUUAAAGAGUGACUCCCUCAAAUCUGACUUUACAAUAGAUUUAAAACACGAGAUUGCCCUCUACAUCUGGGACAAAGGCAAUGGACCGCCCCUUACUCCAGUGUCUGAGUUUUGUACAGAUGGUGUGGACUCCUCCUGUGCUACUACAUUCCAUUCUUUUCUACCACUUUGUGGAAAUCCAGUGAAGAAGGAGGAUAUUUUUGUUGCAGUAAAAACAUGCAAGAAAUUUCAUGGUGAUAGAAUACCUAUUGUGAAGCAAACUUGGGAGGGCCAGGCGAGCUUCAUUGAAUACUACAGUGACCACAUGGAAAGUUCGAUUCCUACAGUAGAUUUGGGAAUUCCUAAUACAGAUAGAGGUCAUUGUGGAAAGACAUUUGCCAUUUUGGAAAGAUUUUUGAAUCAUAGCUAUGACAAAAUAGCAUGGUUAGUCAUUGUUGAUGAUGAUACGUUGAUAAGCAUCUCCAGGCUCCGGCACUUGCUCAGCUGUUAUGACUCUCGAGAAGCUGUGUUUCUGGGCGAGCGCUACGGUUAUGGCCUGGGCUCUGGCGGCUACAGCUACGUCACAGGAGGAGGCGGAAUGGUCUUCAGUAGAGAAGCCAUCAGGAGACUUCUUGCCAGUAAUUGUCGCUGCUACAGCAAUGAUGCUCCUGAUGACAUGGUCCUCGGAAUGUGCUUUAGUGGGCUCGGAGUCCCUGUGACACACAGCCCUCUCUUCCAUCAGGCCCGGCCCAUGGAUUACCCUAAGGACUACCUUUCUCACCAAGUUCCCAUAUCGUUCCACAAACACUGGAACAUCGAUCCAGCAAAGGUAUAUUUCACGUGGUUGGCACCCAGUGAGGAAGACAACGCCAGACAGGAGACAGAAAAAGUCUUUAAAGAAGAAUUAUAAAGCACGGUGAGCAGAGUUUGGGUAGUAAAAGCAGCCGAAACUGACUUCAUCCUGCCGUGCUGUGGUCACAAUACAGGGAGAGCCAUGUGGCAUUGGGAGUAUCCUAACUUUAGGUGGAAAUUAUGUAUAUUGUACUUCUGAGGGGGCAAGAAAAGGAGUCAUAGGGAUUUUUUUUUCUGGGAAAACUCAACGUGCUUUUCUAUUAUGCAGUUAUUGUAAUACACUGUGUUGACUGUGUAUUCUUCAAGCUGUUAUACAGGAAAAUAAUUGGUACCAGAAGUCUCCAUUCUGUUCACUCUCUUCAUUAUAAUGAAGAUUUCAGUUGGUCAUGAGACUGGGGAGAGGUGACUGUCCAUCAUCUUGUAUAUAGAAGACAGAAAGGACUUAGUACAAGGACAGUGUGAACUUUUUAAACCAUAAUGUUAAUGAUGACAAUUAUUGCCUGGUGACUCAGUAGCAAUAAUGCUGUAUUAUGGAUCAUUCAUGAAACAUCCUAACCAUCUAGAUAUGCAGUCCCCUGUUGUCUGUAAUCAGGGUUGUUAUGUUUCAUCCAUUUUUCUGUUUGUGCCUCAUCAAAAAGAAAAUAAGAAGUCUUUGACUAGAGCAUUCUGUUUCUUUAGAGGUUCAUCUGCAUUCUAUUUCUCCCUAAAGCCCUAUCUUUAUGACCUACUUGUAACAUGAAAGUAUAAUGGAUGCUGCCAGGAAAUAGUGUCCUCAAUAUUUAAGACAAUGUUGUGUUUUAUUCAAGUCAGUGAGCACCAUAUCAGUCUCAGGAAGUGAAUUAAUUUGUACCUGAAGCUUUACUUUUAUUUUUCUUUGAACAUUACUUAACGACUCUCUCCUGACUCAGAAUAGGCCUUCCAUCCCCAAGCACCAUAAAACCCUGGUGAAAGAACAGCAUGGUGAUUUGGCAGUUUUCCUGGGUUCUUAAGACAUGACAUUUGAACAUAGUAUUUUGAAACAGCUCUAAUUUUCAAAUCAAAUCUUUAAUAUAUAGUUAUUUAACAUACUCAUUAAUUUGUAAAAAGUACUCUGUAUUUUAAUGUUUCAAUCUUGUAAUUCAGUUUUCUAAAGGUAUUUGCAUAAAAUUUGAUUUUAAUGUCUAAAACUAAUUUUGGUAUAUCAAAUAUUUUCCUCUUUUUUUAAAAAAUAAAAAUUCCCAUUUGUUAACUUUGCUUGUAAUGCUUUUAUAGACAAGCACAGGGUUUUAAAAGCCAUACUACCAGAAGUACCCAUGUGUAUGUUUUUUUAACGGUAUAUUUUUCUUCUUAGAUUUGAUUCAUUUCCAAAGUGAUGCAAUAGUAUUUAUCAUUUUCUCAAGUUAGAGAAUACCAGGAUUGGUAUGUUUUCAGCGAUACCUGAGUACAGUGGAUUCGUUUUGUGACAGUGGAUUUUGUGACCCAUCCAAGUACUAACCCGGGGCUGUCAGCUGGGUUAGAGAAUGCUAAGGAUUUAUAGAUCUCGUCAGGCUGUUGCUGUGACAUCAGCGUGUUGUCAUACUGGGAUUGUCGUCAUUGCUGCCAUCGUAGUCACCUUCGUGUCAUCUGUAAUGAUACUGCUGGAGAGUCUGUCUGUCUGACCCAGGGGAGAAGAGUCUUCAGUCCUUCCUACUCUGCCUACAAAUUCUCAUGCUCAAAAUACAGGAUGUUCAUUUGACAGGGUUAAACCAGCAUCUGUGUGUGAAGAUCCAUGCCAGCUUUCUUCUGUGUUAGGAUCAGUGCCUUCUACUGAUACCGGAGCGCCUCCUCUGGUACUUUUGGUGUUUCUGUUAAUUAUGUUUACUUUUUUGGAACUAUGUCACCCUAACCACCAAUAAAGAUCUUUGUCUAAGUUUCUGAUUUCUCAAAUGUAGUCAUCAUUCCGACCCAGAGGGGAAGUAGAAAGAGACAUGGAGAAGAGCUACAAUGAAAUCACAGAAAAGCAUUGGCAGCUCAGUAAACACAGUCU